UCUUUAGAGCCAUCUUGAUCAUACUAUAUACAAUUUCUCCAAAUUCUUUGUAACGCUUGGGACCUUAAUCUCACACAAUCCAGCAUAUGCAUUGGCCUUUGGACCUUUUCUGCAAUACCCCAUUCUCCAGUUAUCUAUUCUAUUUUCUUUGCCUUGUACUUUGUAUAAAGGGUUCCCCAAAGUACCAGUUAAUCAUCAGCUCAUCAUCUUCAGGAUCAGUUUCUUUCAUAGUCUCUCUCUCUCUCUCUCUCUCUCUCUCUCUCUCUCUGCCUUUCUGCAACUCAAAGCAACGAAAAAGGACUCAGAUGGCUUCUCGUAUUGGGAUUCUUUUGGCUUCUGUGCUUGUCCUCUCUUGCUUAGCAGAAACCUCCUAUGGUGUCCUCUUCUCCACUCUGAAACAAACUCUUAUUGUCACUGCUUCCCACGUUCAGUCAAACGGAACAGUCCUAAAAGCUGGGGAAGACACAGUCUCUGUUACAUGGGGUUUGAACAAGAGCCUCCCAGCCGGGACUGACUCGGCUUACAAGACCAUCAAGUUGAAGCUGUGCUACGCGCCGGUGAGCCAAGUCGACCGCGCGUGGAGGAAGACUGAGGACAACAUCGUCAGGGACAAGACCUGUCAGCACAAGAUCGUCUCCAGGCCGUACAACAGUAAGAACACCUCCAUGCAGAGCUUCGAGUACACGAUCGAGCGUGACGUGCCCACGGGCACGUACUUCGUACGCGCCUACGCCUACGACGCUGAGGACGUGGAGGUGGCUUACGGUCAGAACACGGGACCUAAGAAAGACUCCAACUUGUUUAUGGUACAGGCAAUCACCGGCCGCCAUGUGACCCUUGAUAUCUGCUCCGUUGUCUUCAGCGCUUUCUCUGUUGUGUCCCUGGCUGGGUUCUUUACUCUCGAGAAGAUGAGGGCAAAGUCGUCCAAAUGAAGUGGCGGCCACUAAGUCGACGGUGCCUGAGAAAUGAGAACGAGAAUGAGAAGGAGAAUCAAGAAAAGUCCACUAAUGUUUGCUUGGUUCUUGUACUACGUACCUUGACUAGCUUUGUAUGAUUAUAGUUGUUUUUUCUCAUAAAGCAAUUAUGCAUUGUUAUAUAAUAGAAGUUGAAAGUGAUCAAAUGUUGGGUUGAGUAAUGUGGCUUGGAAUUGAUCGAA